AGGCAACACCAAAAUGACAACCCAAAAGCCCUUAUCCAAUGACUCUCACACUCGCUCAUCCUCUCCCCUUUUGCUCUUCUUCCCACGUCUCCCACUCUUCCCCAACCAAUUUCUCAAUCAGAUUCAAACUCCAGGCAUCAUCCUCCCAGCAACUAUCUUCCAAUCCCAAGUCUCCAAGUUCCCAAUCCUUGUCCCAACGAAAAACCGGAGUCAUUGUCAUUGGAGCUGGACUUGCUGGUCUAGCCGCUGCAAACAGACUCAAUUCAGAAAACAUUCCCUUUCUCCUCCUAGAAGCUUCUGACGGCGUUGGUGGUCGCGUCCGCACUGACAUCGUUGAUGGCUUCCUCCUGGACCGAGGUUUCCAAAUUUUCAUCACUGCUUAUCCGGAGGCUCAAAAACUCCUUGACUACCAAGCUUUGGAUCUGCAGAGGUUUUACUCAGGUGCCCGGAUUUACUUCAAUGGUCAGUUCCACACCGUGGCUGAUCCUAUACGCCAUUUUUGGGACUCUAUAAAGUCGUUAACAAAUCCGAUUGGAUCUAUUAUUGAUAAAUUACUCAUUGGAUCGACCAGGAUUCAGGUUUUGACGAAAUCUGAUGAUGAACUUCUUUCCUCUAACGAGGUUACCACUAUUGAUCUGCUGAGGAACAUUGGGUUUUCAGAUUCGAUAAUCUGCCGGUUUUUCAGGCCAUUCUUUGGCGGUAUAUUCUUUGAUAGAGAGCUUCAAACUACUUCCAGAUUGUUCAAUUUCAUCUUCAAAUGUCUCGCUCUCGGCGACAACACACUUCCGGCCAAGGGAAUUGUAGCCAUUCCUAACCAACUAGUAGCUAAAUUGCCUCCCGAUUCCGUUCUCUUGAAUACUAGGGUAGCUUCUAUUGAGUUCCAUGAACCAUCAUCUGGUGAAAUCACAACACCCAGAGUGAGAUUGGAAAAUGGAGAAAUUUUAGAGAGUGAAAUUGGAGUAAUUCUGGCCGUUGAAGAACCUGAGGUCGAUAAGCUGUUGGCGGGAAGGAAGAUGGAACCGAUUCAGAGAAAGCCGCCCCGGAGUACAGUUUGUGUAUAUUUCUCCGCGGACCGAGAUAGCAUCCCGGUUCAAGACCCGGUUCUUUUUCUCAACGGUUCCGGCGAAGGGAUUAUAAACAAUAUGUUCUUUGCAACCAACGUGGCUCCAUCAUAUGGCCCGCCUGGGAAGGCAUUAAUGUCGGUGUCGUUGAUUGGGUUGUUAGAGGAUGUUUCUGAUGAAGAUCUGACGAGUCAGAUUGUUCAGGAGCUUUCGGGUUGGUUCGGGGGUUCAAUUGUGAAGCCAUGGAAAUACUUAAGAACUUAUCGGAUUGGAUUUGCACAACCGAACCAAUGUCCUCCAACUGAUUUGAAGAAAAAUUAUCGGGUCGAGCCGGGCUUGUACUUGUGUGGUGAUUAUAUGACUAAUGCUACAUUUGAUGGUGCUUUGGUCUCGGGAAGAAAGGCAGUAGAAGCUUUAUUAAGAGAUAGAGUAUUAAAUAAAGUUUAAUUAUGAUAUAAUAUAAUUUGAUAACUUAUUCAUUUUUUUUCUUUGUUUAAGUCAUAAACUUUAUUCAUCUAAUUUUUAUUUUUAUUACUAGUGAUAAAUCUUAUUUUCUUCUUAUUCCAUAAUA